UGCAAGUGAAGCGAUAACAACAACAACAACAACAACAAAAAGGGACACACAUUUGGGGGUAAACUGAUACAGGGUAUUUGAUUCAUUUGAAACGUCCACUGUAAGGAUAAAUAGUCAUUCAAAAUGUAAUAAACUAGCACAUUGAUCAUCAAAACAGGUAGCCAACACUGGAAAUUGUUUUAUAUAAUUGCUGUAAUUAAUUGUUCCGUACAUAUCUGAUAAUAACAUUUUCUUUUCUGUUUUAUUUAGUUUUCGUUUUCGCUGGAAUACGUGACAGGAGUUGCAACUAUAGAUUAUAAUUAAAUCUGUGACUCUGUGCCAUCGGGAGGUCUCCUUAGAUAAAAUAAAACCCUAGAGAGCCGUAGUGAUUAUUAUUAUUAUUGACCCCCACCCCCCGAAAAAAAACACACACCCAAAACAAAAAUCUGAUUUUUAUACAGUUGAGUUGCAGUUUCGUUCACGACGUUACAGGCGCCACAAUGGAAAUCGUCUGGUUUGCAGCGCCCCUCAGUGGACAAGAACGUAGCUGCGUGCUGUAACAGUAAACGCUCAGUGCUCGCGAUAUAAAAACUAAUUUCUGAAUAAUAAUAAUGAGACACAAGUCGUGGAUAGAAGCACAGGAACGUAUAAAUACAAAUAAAAAUCAUGUUUGAGGUUUUACAUUUUCCAUAAAGGUUACGCAUGCGCAUUGUUUGUCUCGUGAUUGGCCCGCCUGAGUACCCCGGAAGUAGUGUGAAGGUCUUUGGCUGCAGUUUUGAGUUUGGAUAACUGAAGUCAAAAUGGGCGUAAAAAUAGAGAUGUUCAGAAUGAUGUUGUAUUUGUCUUUCCCCGUUACCAUGUUCUGGAUCUCGAAUCAAGCGGAAUAUUUUGAGGAAUACAUCGUAAAGAGGAAGAGGGAAAUCUUCCCCGCUGACGAGAGACUUAAUAGGAAAGAGUUGGAGGACUUUAAGGAGAGAAUGCGAACACGGAAGGAGCAGCGGGAACUGAAACAAAUCUGUAUGGAGUCAGAGAACUAAGGAUAUUUUGUGAAAUAUAUUUAUACUAAAACUGAUGAUGGUAUGUAAGGGAAAAAUGUAUGGAGUGGAGUGGAGAGAUUAGAAUUUUCAUGAGACUUUUCCCACUGAACUUUGAUUACGCAUGCAUGUGAUGUAAUUAAGGUUAUAUGGGGGUUCACCAAUUGAACAUGCCACUGGGCUUUUUUAUGUAUGGUCUUUUUAUUGUUUCCUUACUUUGAAUUAUAUCAGAUGUGAUGAGAGGGACUCCGUAAUAUUCUUGCAACCAUCACCUAUAAAUUUGACACAGGUUGUCAUGAUUUUGUGUGUGUGACUGCUUGUUUUCAUAUGCUAAGAGGGAGGAGCUCAUAAAUCAUUUGUUAAUAUGACAUUAAUAAAAGUACAGUGUGUACCAAAUCUACA